AUUUAUUAUAUAUAGAACCCUAGUUGUACGGAGAAGGAAGAAAUUAAGGAAGGUUGGUGAAAUAUGAAGCGUGGUAAGAGAGAAAUAAUGGAGAAGAAAUCAGAGAUAAGUUGUUUUAUUGAAGAACUUUCUAUGGUGGUAAUAGUUAAACCAACUGAAGAAAACCAUGAAGCUGCUCAUAUACCCACUAAGCCUUUUCUCUCUAUAUGUUAUUCAGUUCUGCAUGUUCUUGAAAAAAUUGGCCCAACAAUGGCUGUUUUGAGACAAGAUGUGUACCAAAAUAUCAAGAGAUUGGAACUAAUGCAUGAAUCAAAUCCAACAACGAAUCUAAAUUUGGUAGAAAUAUUGAAAUUGGAAGCAACGGAAGGCAUUGCAAAGAAGGGGUCUAGCUGCAGUAAGGCCUUUGUUUGGCUCACAAGGACCUUGGAUUUUACCUCCUCAUUAUUACAAAUACUAUCCAAUGAUCCUCAAAAGAAAAUGGAGAAAGUGGUUGAAGAAUCAUAUGAAGUUACAUUAAAACCGUGGCAUGGAUGGAUUUCAUCAACUGCUGUAGCCCUAAAAUUAGUUCCAGAAAGUAAGACAUUCAUAGAUCUCCUUAAGACUGAAGAUGAAGACCAUGACAUGGUUAAGCAGAAAAUGCAGAUAUUGGUUUCUCUACUUGUGCCUUUUCUUGAAGAUAUCCACUGUAUUUUAAGAUUAUUUGACUUGGACAAGCUGAAAUCAACCUGAAGGCAAGAUUAUAAAAGUAAGGGUUAAAUAUGUUUUUAGUCCUUACAUUUUGCAUCCCUUUGAAGAAAAGUCUCUACAUUUCAUUAAAUGUUUUUAAAAUCCUCACAUUUUAUCUUCGUUAUCAAAAUUAGUCACUGUUGUUAAUUCUAUGUAUGAAUGCUGAUGUGGCGGUUAGUGAGUCUCAAUUAUUUUAGGGUUAAAUAUGUUUUUUGGUCCCUACAUUUUGCGUUACUUUGAAGAAUAGUCCUUACAUUUUGGGACUCACUAACUGUUACAUCAGCAUUCCGUUAGAGAAUUAACAGCAGGGACUAAUUUUGAUAACAGAGAUAAAAUGUGAGAAUUUUAAAAACAUUUAAUAAAAUAUAGAAACUAUUCUUCAAAUGAGCGCAAAAUGUAAGAAUUAAAAACAUAUUUAACCAUAAAAUAAUGUUGGAACAUAAGUAUGAAGCUGGAAGGAAGUUGGAAGGUACCAACAAGUAAUAAUUAAUGUGGAAUUCCUUCCUCGAGUUAAUUUCAUGUAAUUCAGUUGUAAAUAUCGUGUAUGAUAAAAAAGGAAUAUGAAGGAACAUCGAGGGUUCUUUUUUAUAUCAUUUGGGCUUCGAGCAAUGUAAUGAAUAGAAGUUUGAACUCAAGUUUAUAUUUAUCUUUUA